CCCGGCCUCACCCAACGCCCCCACCCACCCGAACACCCAGUCUAACUGGAGAGAGCCGGAUGCCGGUUGACCCUGGGCCCGAGGUGGGCAGUGGCUGGCCAGGCCUCCUCAUGUCCUGCCUGAAGGGCCCCCAUGUCAUCCUCAAGAUGGAGGCCAUGAAGAUUGUUCACCCUGAGAAGUUCCCUGAGCUGCCGGCGGCUGCCCCUUGCUUCCCACCUGCACCGCGGCCCACCCCUGCUCUGGCACCCAAACGCGCCUGGCCCUCAGACACAGAGAUCAUCGUCAACCAGGCAUGUGGGGGGGACAUGCCUGCCUUGGAUGGGGCACCCCGCACCCCUCCCUUGCCACGACGGCCCCGAAAGGGCAGUGUGGAGUUGGGCUUCCCCCGAGUGGCGCCAGCAGACGAGGUCAUUGUGAAUCAGUACGUGGUGCGGCCUGGCCCUGCCACCUCGGGGCCCCCCGCUACAGCGGCACCAGCUUCAGGUGAGCCCCUGGAGUGCCCCACCUGCGGGCACACGUACAACGUCACCCAGCGGCGGCCCCGAGUGCUGUCCUGCCUGCACUCCGUGUGUGAGCAGUGCCUGCAGAUUCUCUAUGAGUCCUGCCCUAAGUACAAGUUCAUCUCCUGUCCCACCUGCCGCCGCGAGACUGUGCUCUUCACGGACUACGGCCUGGCUGCACUCGCCGUCAAUACGUCCAUUCUGAGCCGCCUGCCACCUGAGGCACUGACCGCCCCGUCCGGUGGCCAGUGGGGGGGUGAACCCGAGGGCAGCUGCUACCAGACCUUCCGGCAGUACUGUGGGGCCGCGUGCACCUGCCACGUGCGGAACCCGCUGUCCGCCUGCUCCAUCAUGUAGCACCCACCCGCUCACCACUGCCCGCCAGUCCUUGCUCGCCGCUUCUUCAGGGAUCCGGCCCUGCCCUGACACCCGUUGACCCCUCGCCCACCACAGCUUCUGGCCCCUACCCAUGUGGCAUUGUCGCUGCAGCCAACUCUGCCAUUAAAACUCUUUGCCAAAGUUUGCACCUUGUUCCCUGGACUGAAGCCUGCUCUUGUGGCCUGUGCCCAGGGCUGCAGCCCAGACAGGGUCC